AUACUCGGAGGUACUUCUAGCGCUGGUGACGUCAUCACUGUGCGCCGGGCAGCAUGGCGGCUGCGGAGAAUGAGAUCUCUCCCGAUGUACAGUCCACCGAUCGGGGCGGCUUCCGGUGCCUACUUUGCGGUGUUACCGUUCCGAACCGUCCGAGCCUCACAGAUCACCUACAGGGACGGCGCCAUAAGCGAAUGUGUGAGGAGCGAGACAAGCGCCAGCAGCAGCAGGAGCGGAGUGUGUUUGUCAGCGGCUUCUCAAAGGACACCUCCGAGGACCAACUCAAAGAGGUCUUUGAAAGAAUAAGCUCAGUGACGAAAAUAGUGAUGGACAAAGACCGGGGCCUCUAUGCUAUUGUAGAAUUCGAGGGUCCGGACGGCGUGAGCCUAGCGCUUUCACAGACGGACAUUAAGCUAGAAGGUGACCGCCUGAAAGUGAGACCACGUGAAAAGAAGGCGUUUAAAAAAACCCAGAAGGGAUCGGGCCACCGAAGCCUGCAGCCCCCUGAUCCAGAGACCCUCAGCAAGCAGCUCCUGCGCUGUACUGAUGUAGAAGAUCAAAUGAAAAACAUUGUCUCUCUCUGUUCUCCAUCUCAUCACGAGAGUCGCCUGCGGGAGCUGCUGCUUUCCCUCCUACGAGAAACAUUUACUGAGUUCUUCCCAGGUUGUCAGCUUCUCCCUUUCGGUUCCUCCAUAAAUGGCUUUGAAGUCAGUGGAUGUGACUUGGAUUUGCAUUUGGAGCUCGGUGAAAACGAUAAGAAUGAAAAAGAUGAGGAGGGUGAGAAAGAAAAGGAGGAGGAGGAGAUAGGCCGACCGGGGGGAGAGAAUGAUGCAGAACGUAAUGAAGAACUGGAGGAAGACAAGAAGCAUGGAGAAGAGUCGGUCAUGGACGUAACUGAAGAUAGUGAAGACGACGAGAAUAUCACACCUGGCCUGUCGCUGCAGGGACUCUCCCAUGAAGAAAUCCUUGAUGUUGUUGAGAGAGUCCUGAGGCAGUGUGUUCCUGGAGUCCAUGGGGUCCAGAAUGUUCCCUCUGCGCGGCGUCCAGUUAUACGUUUUCAGCACAAGACCUCCGGCCUGAGGGGCGAUAUCACCCUGAACAACAGGCUGGCUUUACGUAAUUCUUCAUACUUGCGCCUCUGUUCGGAACUAGACCCUCGGGUGUCUCUGCUUGUGUACACUGUGCGAUACUGGGCCCGGGUGCAUCAGCUCGCAGGUAACCCACUAGGGGGCGGACCACUGUUAAAUAAUUACGCCUUGACGUUGCUUGUUGUUUUCUUCCUACAAACGAGAAGCCCUCCGGUCAUUCCUAGUCUGAGCCGUCUGAGGGAGAUUGCCAUGGACGACGCCUCCCAUGUGAUUGACGGCUGGGACUGCUCCUUUGCUUCUGACAGCACUCAGAUUCCAGUUAGUGAGAACCAGCAGAGCCUGAGUUGUCUACUUUCAGAGUUUUUUAGUUAUUUUUCUUCUCUGGACUUGCACGCCAAUAUUCUCUGCCCUUGCGAUGGCCAUCUUGUCCCUCUUCCCAUAUCCUCGCCUCCACCUCUCUGGGCUGAAGGUUUCCGUGUUGGCUCCUUUAAUGUUCAGGAUCCGUUUGAGUUGAACCACAAUAUCUGCGGUAACGUGAGCUCCCGGAUAGCUCGCCGCUUCUCCGCUCAGUGCUCCUCUGCCGCAAAGACUUGCCGCUCUUCUUCAUACCAGUUGCGAUCUUCAUCCCGUCCCUGGGGCGUCACCUUAUUAAUACAGCCUUCAUCUUCUGACGGGGACAGGGCUCAGGGGACAGACCUCUCUAUAUCUACCGGGGCGGCUUCCUUGGAGGAAGUAUCUUCAGCCCUGAAGACUGUUUUAGUAGAGGUUUUACUGUGCAGCUGUCAUCAGGAUAGUGGAAAGGAUGGCGCCGGCGUGAAAAGCGGUGAAGAAAGUGACCAUGAGGUACCCUGUGUGGGAGAGCUUGUCAUUGAGGAUAAAGAAACUGAGCCAAAAGGGGAAGAUGUGCGCGAAGAGGGAACGAAAAAUGAGAGGAAACGAGAAAGUCCAGACGAAAUCCAGAGCACCAGCCCAAAAAAGAGAAGGAUAGAAAAUGAAGGUGGUGGUGAUGAUGGUGUAAAUGAUCGGCAAAGACAUAUUUCCGAGAAGCCUCAUCGUAAAAAAGGAAAGUCACCGAAAAUGCCUAAAAAGCCUACAGAAGAAGGCGUGCUGUCCAUAAAGAUGGACGUCUGGCAUCGGGUCUGGGAGGGCCGGCGCAAGGUGCGGAGGAACAUGGAGGAGAAAGAGGCACAGGGCAUAAAAAUGGAGACUGCGGUGUCGCGGGCCCUGUCUGCGGGCGCUAUAGAGGGGGGCAGCCCGAUAAUGCAGAUCACCCUAAAAACCCAGCUGGGCCCUGGGGGAAAUGCGCAUGUCCGUCUGUCCGCAGAGUCCGAUGACCAUGGCUGUAGCACCACCUUUUUUCACUUUUUGAAGGUCUUUUUGCCCCGUAUGGUGGAAGAGGUUCUAAGCCAUAAAGAUUAAAUGGAUUUGUGAAAGGUUCAAGAUGUUGCGUAAGGUUAGGUCGGCCCCAUAGCUGCCAUUGGGCAGUGUGUAUUAAAGGGGUACUCCGGUGGAAAAUAUAAUUUGUUUUUUAAAUCAACUGGUGCCAGAAAGGUAAACAGAUUUGUAAAUUCCUUCUAUUAAAAAAUAUUUGUCCUUCCAGUACUUAUUAGCAGCUGUAUGCUACAGAGGAAAUUCUUUUAUUUUUUUUUAAUUUCUUUUUUGUCUUGUCCACAGUGUUCUCUGCUGACACCUGAUGUCCGUAUCAGGAACAGUCCAGAGCAGGAGUAAACAUUGGUAAACAUUCUGCUCUGGACAGUUCCCGACACGGGCAGAGGUGUCAGCAGAGAGCACUGUGGAUAAGACAAAAAAAGAAAUUCAAAAAGAAAAGGAGGAAAUCCCCAUAGAAAACAUAUGCUGCUCUGGACAGUUCCUAAAAUGGACAGAGAUGUCAGCAGAGAGCACUGUGCUCGUGAUGUCAGCAGAGAGCUCUGUGUUCCAAAAAGAAAAGAAUUUCCUCUGUAGUAUUCAGCAGCUAAUAAGUACUGGAAGGAUUAAGAUUUUUUUUAAUAGAAGUCAUUUACAAAUCUGUUUAACUUUCUGGCACCAGUUGAUUUAAAAAAUAAAUAAAUAAAUCCACUGGAGUACCCCUUUAAUUCUGUAUCCCACAUGGGCAAUGUGACUUGAAGGUUUCCACUUCCUUCCAUUUGUAAGCAAGAAAGUACUCGCUAGAGAUGAGCGAACUUACAGUAAAUUCGAUUCGUCACGAACUUCUCUGCUCGGCAGUUGAUGAC